AUGGUCAAGUGGUGGUGGAGACUAAGAGUGGACAAAUCUGCCUUGUGGUGUCAGGUUAUCAAUGGGAUACAUAAUCUUAAGAAGCAGGCAGCCGACCAAAUUUCAAAGAGGAAUAUAUGUGGAGUGUGCAAUAAUAUAGCAGGGGCCUCGAACGAAAUUCAGAAAGUGGGAUUGGAAUAUAACAUCAUUUUCAAAAAGGAGAUUGGGAAUGGACAAGAUACACUGUUUUGGUUGGAUGUUUGGUGGGGAAACAAAACUUUAAAAUCAAGGUUUCCGGAAUUAUUUAACAUUGAUUGCAGGAAAAGUUGUCGAGUCAGUGAUCGUAUAUCAGACGAUGGCUUCGCAUGGGAUUGGAAGUCGGACCCCAUGGCACCAGAUUUGAACCGAAACCUGAGCCAUCUCGAAGCGUCGUUGGGGCAGGCGCGUAUAUCAAAUACACCGGAUACGUGGAGCUACACAAUCGGAGUAAAUGGGUUGUACACGGCGGAGGCUUUCCGGAAUAAACUGGACGAAUUUACCCCUAUCUUACCUGGUCCUAAAGUCGAAUGGAUGAAAGAAGUUCCACUCAAAGUAAGGUGUUUUGUCUGGAGGGCCAAAUGGGGUAGAAUUCCAUCAGCGCAUGCUUUGGAGGUUAGAGGGGUUCAAACAUCAUCAACAAACUGUGGCCAUUGUAUGAAUUGUGUUGAAACAGCAGACCAUAUUUUCACUCAGUGUGAGCUAGCAGUUACAGUGUGCAAUUGGAUCAUGAAUUGGUGUGGUACUAAUCCGGGAGAUAUUGAUAGCACGGAGAAACUCCUACUUUUUGCAGCAAACUGGAGUCAAUGUUCAAUGAAAAGGAAAAUACUUACAAUGAUAUGUUACGGGAUGAUCUGGAGUCUUUGGAAGGCCCGGAAUGCUAGGAUUUUCAAUCAUGAGAAAAGGAGUCCAAACCAGAUCAUUGAUGACAUUCAAACACUGGUUUUCUAUUGGUUAAAACACAGGGGAUCAAUGGGGAGUAUUAGGUGGUGUGAUUGGAUCGUAUCUCCUUUCUCUCUUCUAUAG